CGAGAAUACUAGUUCUAUAAAGCAAAAGCGAUACGAAGAGAUUAAGGAACUACCCGACUAGCCAAGCACCGAGCCAGUUUGAACUCGCGUCCUUUGUUAAUCAGUCGUCAUUUCGUGCAAGCAUUAUUCAGUUCUUUGUUCUUUUUCUUGGAAUUGUGUCCUUCGCGGCUUCCCCUUCGGCCUCCGCAUAUUUCAUUUCCAUUUCGUAUCGUUGCGUCAGUAUUUUUUAAAUCGUCACGUUGAAAGGUUCGAUCAGUUCGAUGUUCUUUGUCUCCACCGUUCCAUCAACCAUCAUCAAACCAUAACCAUGUCUACUACCCCUCUCGAUCGAGAUAACUUCUUCAAGCGGAUGAAAAUCUUAUACUCAGCUUGGAAAGAAGGCAAAACCGAAUGUGGAGAACCAUUCCCCAAAGUUGAUUCGAUUUGUACCUCAGUCGGUAGCGAUGACCACAUUUUAUAUUGCAAAUCGUUGUCACUCCAGAUCUGGUUACUUGGGUACGAAAUCAACGACGUCAUCAUGAUAUUCUCCGAGAAAUGCAUUCAGUUUUUGGCUAGCAAGAAGAAAAUCGAAUUCUUACGUCAAGUGCAGCAACACAAAGAUAAAUCAAUCCCUCCAGUCAAAUUACUCGUCCGGAAUAAAGAUGGUCCAGAUUCGGAGAAAGAUAACUUCGAGAAAAUGAUCGCCGCUUUGAAAGCUAGCGGUAAAGGGAAAUCAUUGGGAGUAUUUGUUAAAGACGAUUUCCCAGGACCGUUAGUCGAAUCGUGGAAGAAAGCUUUGGAAGAGCACAACUUUGAAAACGUCGAUAUUAGUAAUGCUUUGGCCAGUUUAUUGAGUGUCAAGGAAGAAUCUGAACUAUCUGUGAUCAAAAAAGCGUGCCAGAUCACUGUCAACGUUUACCAAAAAUAUUUGAGAGACCAAAUCUGGGUUAUCGUCGAUUCUGAUAGAAAAGUAAAACAUUCGAAAUUGGCUGAUGAAGUCGAGGACGCCAUGGCAGAUAAGAAAUACGUGGGCAGCAACGUUGAUACGACUCAGUUGACUACAUGUUAUCCGCCAAUUAUCCAAAGUGGUGGUAACUAUAGCUUGAAAUUCUCUGCACAGAGCGAUGAAAACAAUCUUCACUUUGGAGUAAUUAUAUGUUCUUUAGGAGCUAGAUACAAAAUGUACUGCUCCAAUAUGGUCAGAACAGUCUUGGUGAACCCUAAUGAUUCAGUACAAGAAAACUACAACUUCUUGGUCGAUCUCCAAGAACACCUUAUAUCGGUUCUAAAAUCCGGUACCAGAUUAUGCGACGUUUACAAUAGCGGUAUUGAUUUCGCUCGUGAAAAGAAACCCUCGCUGGUUGAAAAUUUAACGUCAAAUUUCGGAUUCGUUACUGGUAUCGAAUUCCGUGAAAAUUCCCUCUGUAUUACAUCCAAGACGACAUCCUGUGCUAGAAAUUCCCAAGUUUAUAAUUUAUGCGUCGGGUUAUCCAACCUCAUCAACAAAGAUGCCGAUAGUGGAGAAAAUAAAAACUAUUCUCUAUUCAUUGGAGACACUGUGGUCGUAAAUGAGGAUGGUCCCGCUACCGUAUUGACUAAUUCCAACAAACAAAUUAAAAAUAAAAACGUCGGAAUAUUUUUAAAAGAGACCGAAUCGGCCGAUGAAGAAGAAGAAAGUGAAAAAGAAACUGAAAUUCAACAACCACGAAAUCUCAGGCGUGGUAAACGAUCCGCUGGGUUCGAGUCUAAAUUGAGAAAAGACACUUCCGGUGAAGAGAAACGUAAACAACAUCAGAAAGAAUUAUCGAUUAGAUUAAACGAACAGGCUCGUCAGCGUUUAUUAGGACAGUCCAGUGGAACGCAAACUGAACGUGUCAAGAAAUCCAACGAAUCUUAUCAAAAUUAUGAUCAAAUGCCUGCUGAUAUCGAAGUAAAACAGCUCAAAUUAUUUGUCGACAAGAAAUACGAAACCGUCAUAUUACCUAUUUUCGGUCUACCUGUUCCUUUCCAUAUAUCGACGAUAAAGAACAUCUCGCAGAGCGUCGAAGGUGAUUACACUUACUUGCGUAUUAAUUUCUUCCAUUCUGGAGCCACAGUGACCGGAGGAGAAGGAUCACAGUUCGCGAAAGAAGUCACUUACCGUAGUAAAAAUUUACGCCAACCUGAUGAAACAGCGACCCCUUCUGCGAACCUGAACAACGCCUUCAGUCUGAUUAAAGAAGUACAAAAGAAAUUCAAAACCAGAGAAGUCGAGGAGAAACAAAAGGAAGAUUUGAUCGAGCAAGAUACUCUAAUUAUUUCGUCGAAUCAAGGAAACCCAAAGUUGAAAGAUUUAUACAUAAGACCUACUAUUGGAAAAAAAGGAAUGAAAGGUACUUUGGAAGCUCACGUUAAUGGGUUCCGGUACACGUCGGCUCAAGGAGACAAAGUAGACAUACUGUAUAAUAACAUUAAACACGCGUUUUUCCAGCCUGGUGACAGAGAAGCGAUCAUAUUGUUGCAUUUCCAUCUGAAGAAUGCCAUCAUGUUCGGUAAAAACAAAAAGAAAUUUUCAGACGUACAGUUCUAUACCGAAGUAGGAGAACAAGUCACCGAUUUAGGAAAAAAUCAGCAUAUGCGCGAUCGUGACGAUCUUUCCGCUGAUCAAGCCGAAAGAGAACUUCGUUUCAAGUUGAAAACAGCUUUCAAGAGUUUCACUGAAAAAGUCGAAGCAGCGACGAAGAAGAAGGUUGACUUUGAUUCUCCAUUUCGAGACCUUGGAUUCGUCGGAGCAGCAAACAGAAGUACCGGUACCGUUUUACUACUACCAACCACCGACUGUCUCGUAAAUUUAACUGAAUGGCCCCCAUUUGUCAUAACUCUCGGAGAUGUCGAGUUGGUGCACUUUGAACUGAGUUUGAAGAAUUUUGACAUGCUAUUCGUAUUAAAAGAUUAUCGUCAGAAAGUCGUAACGGUGAAUGCUAUUCCUAUGAAUAAGCUCGAUCAUGUUAAAGAAUGGUUAAACUCACGUGACGUAAAAUACUCGGAACGUUCGGAUAACUUGAAUUGGCCCGAGAUUAUGAAAAAGAUCUUGAAAGAUCCGAAAGGAUUUUUCGACGAAGAAGGAGGAUGGACUUUCUUAGACCCGGUAUCAGAUUCCGAAGAAAGAGGCGCCGUUGACGAAUCGAGCGACGAAGACGGAGACGAAGCCUACGAACCCAGCGACUUGAGCGAAGAAUCCGCCAAAGACUGGUCGGACUCGGAACGUGAUGAAGCAGAAGAAGACGAUUCUGAAGGAGGAGGAACAAACUCCGAAGACGGUUCGAAAAGCAAAAGCCAUCGUAGAUCAUCACCCAAGAAAUCGUCUCGCGAUCACGAUAAGCGCCAUCGUGAGUCGUCACGAUCCUCACAUCGCUCUUCGUCUCUUCGAUCCUCAUCGUCGCAUUCGUCAAAGAAACAGAAACUUAUGUGAGUUUGAGCUUGUACUUUGUUUCAGAGGUUGAAUUUUAAUAUGUAUUAUUGAUAAGUGUUUUUUUUUCAAUUUUUAAUACGAGUAUUUUAGAUUUAAUCAUUUUUUAUAAAAAUAGAACGCGGAAGAAAUAUUUCUUCCUGCGAAAUGUUUGUUUCUUUUUCAAAAAAAUUAG